AGUCAUCAUAUGUUUGAGUUCAAGCCACUGCAGAAAGUUUGAAAGUUGGGUAGAGCAAACAAAAACUUUUUUUUUAAUUUGUAUAUUUUUUUAACUAUGGGUUAUCCUAGUAUUUUAAAAAAUCAGUUAACUUGUAAACAAGGCGCUUUUUGCACAAUCUGCUUUAAUUUUGAUGGAAACUAUUGCAUGACUGGUGGAUCUGAUAAAUCAAUAAAACUAUGGAAACUUUUUAAAUCAUCGCUCUUGAAGACUUAUAUGGGACACGAAUAUGAAGUGUUAGACGUUCAAUCUUCAGCUGAUAGUUCACAUAUAACAUCCAGUGGAAUGGACAAAACCAUUUUUUAUUGGGACGUUAGUACCGCCCAAAUAGUGAGAAAGUUUCGAGGUCGUGCUGGUAUGUUCUUUUAUUAGAGAGUUGGGCAAUUUUCUUAAUGUUGAUUUCAUAUGUAAUUAUUGGAGAUCUUAAUUGUUUUAAUAUAUAGCAUUUUUUUUCUUCGCAAUACAUUAGGGAAUCUGUUCAAGCCGUCUACUGUUAAGCUAAAAAGUAUUGAACUUCAAAAUUUUAAAAAAAUUAAAUAAAAAUAUGUA